CGGUCCACCAUUAAUUUUUCUCGGUAGACCUACUCGCUAUCAAGUCCGAUUUAUAUCAUCACUCACCUUAAUUUAGUUGGCAGUCACGAUCAACAGUAUUGCAAUGAUCAACUUAUUGUGUUUGCUCAUCAGUUCUUCAAUUCUGUCGGCUUGCCACGGAGCAGUAUUGUCCAUUGGGGACACACUCAAACCAGGAGAGGCUCUCAACUCCUCGAGCUUUUUAGUUUCUAGUUCGGGGGAGUACACGUUGGGUUUCAACUCCAGCUACCUCACUCUAAGGUCCAAGGAGUACACAAUUUGGGUUGCCAACCCGUACGAUCCGAUUUCAGACCCUUCAUCGGCGCUUUUCACCUUGGACAAGACCAGAACUCUCCUGCAAGUUACGCAAAAAGGCGGGAAGCCAAUUGUGCUCCACACCUCUCCCGACAAUGUUACAAAUGUUGAGGCUACUCUGUCAGAUUCUGGCAUCUUAAUCCUGCAAGAUGUGGAUCUGGAGGUUUCAGACUCUCCUAAACAGCAAGGGCCAUCGACCAAGGUGUUGUGGCAAAGCUUUGAUCAUCCUACUGUGGCCCUUAUGCCGGAGAUGAAACUAGGUGUUGAUAGAGUUGGCAACAACUGGUCACUGUCAUCUUGGCGGGAAGGCCAGACUAUCCCGGGGCUAGGGUCUUUCACGCUUGAUUGGGAGUUCAAUACACGCCAGUUGCAAGUUAGGAGAAGCGGGGAGGUUUGCUGGACUAGUGGACAAAUCAGAUCUGGGACAUUUCCGUAUAUUGAUAUCCCUAAGGAAUCGAAGGUCAGUUACAAUUUUACUAUGGUUUCGAAUGGGAAUGAAGACUACUUCAGUUACACUGCCGUUGGUGAUCAAACAGUUGGAUCAGUCUGGGUGCUAGACACAGGUGGGCAGCUCCAUGAUGUUACUCAUAACAUUUCUAUUGUGCGAGCAGGUGACUGUGAUGGCUAUAAUACCAGUGCAGGGUGCAAGAGAUGGGGCGCCCGGACCACUGAUUGUGUUUUGGAGUCUGGCAAUGAUUUUGAGCUGAUAAAAAAUGGUUUCUUUAAGCCAAUCAAUGGCGACACCUCUAUCAACUCAACAUGGCUGGAUUCGAAUCAAAGUCGCUUGGGGAGUGAUCAUUGUAAGGCUACUUGUUGGAAAGACUGUGACUGCCUUGGUUUCGACUUUCUAUUUGACAAUCAGACUUGUCGAUAUUGGAGUGUAGAGUAUUCUCAAUUCCUUGUAGAUCCAGCUAGCUCUACAACUAGUUACAUCCUACGAGGUGCAAUGAAAAUCAAACCAUUUCAGAGAAGUAAGGAUGGAUUAAACAAGUUGAUAUGGAUUGGUCUUGCAAUUGCGGGUGUGCUUCUGGCAUUGGUGCUCUUCAGCAUGUGCUACCUAAUACGAAAAAGAAAACUUGCAGCUGAGAACCAAACUAAGAUCCAGGAUAUGCUGAACAUAAUGAAAUCCAACAGACCUACUGAUGCUAAUGGGCUUCAAAAUGAUGGAAAGGGAGGCCAAGAUCUAAGCGUAUUUAGUUAUGCAUCUAUUAUAGCUGCCACUUGCAACUUCUCUAAUGAAAAUAAGCUAGGAGAAGGGGGUUUUGGACCUGUUUAUAAGGGAAAAUUGGUGACCGGACAAGAAGUAGCAGUGAAGAGGCUUUCGAAACGUUCAGGGCAGGGAAUAUCUGAAUUUAGGAAUGAACUGAUACUUAUAUAUGAACUCCAGCAUACAAACCUUGUUCAGCUAUUCGGAUUUUGCAUUCAUGGUGAAGAGAGGAUGUUGAUAUACGAGUACAUGCAAAACAAAAGCUUGGACUACUUUUUAUUUGAUUCAACCAGAUGCCAGCAGUUAGAUUGGAACAGGCGUUUCAACAUAAUUGAAGGAAUUGCUCAAGGUUUACUUUACUUGCACAAAUAUUCCAGAACGAGAAUAAUUCAUAGAGAUUUGAAAGCAAGUAAUGUUCUACUUGAUGAAAGGAUGAACCCCAAAAUUUCUGAUUUUGGAAUGGCAAGGAUUUUUGCGAAUGAUGAACAAGAAGCAAAGACUAUGAAGAUUGUUGGGACACGUGGCUAUAUGUCCCCUGAGUAUGUUAUGGGGGGGAAUUUUUCCAUAAAAUCUGAUGUCUAUAGUUUUGGAGUGUUGAUGCUUGAAAUCCUAAGUGGCAGGAAAAACAACAGCUUCUACAAUGAUGAUCGUGCCAUCAAUUUAGUUGGCUAUGCAUGGGCACUAUGGAAAGAAGGUGCAGGACUAGGACUAAUGGAUCCAACACUUGGUGAUUCAUGUGAUAAAGAUAAAUUUUUGAGGUGCAUCCAUGUUGGUUUGCUGUGUGUGGAGGAAAAUGCAGCCCAUCGACCAAUGAUGUUAGACUCCAUAUCUAUGAUGACUAAUGAAAGCAUGUCACUACCAGUACCUACAAAACCAGCAUUUUGUACAGAAAGAAAUGUCAUCACAGCUGCCGUAGGUGGAAACGGACCAGAAAUGGUUGCAUCUGUAAAUUGUAUCUCAUAUUCUGAUUUUGAUGGACGAUAGAUUUACUGCCAAGCCGAACGGCACACCUUUUCCUCUAGAAUGCAGGAGGUUAUAUCCUUUUUUUUUUUUUGAGAAUGGAUGUUAUAUGCUUUUAAUAUGGAUUUUCUGUUGAAAUAGCAUAAGGUGACUAAAAUUCUGUUUACAACUUGUAACUAUUUACAGUACUAUUGGCUGCAUAAUAACUUC